CGACGUCACUGGCUCAGGUCCAUGCUAGAGGCGGGUUAGAAGAUUCUGGAAGAGCCUCGAGAAGGUCUGCGCUGAACUGCCCGAAACACUGUCUUCAUAUAAGGUUGGGAACUAGUUAUUCGUUAAAGACAAAGAUGGUAAAAGAAAUGGGCUUCUAUAACACAUUGGGUGUGAAACCUAAUGCUACUCCUGACGAACUGAAAAGGGCCUAUCGCAAACUAGCUUUGAAAUAUCACCCCGACAAAAACCCUACAGAGGGAGAGAAGUUCAAGCAGAUCUCACAGGCAUAUGAGGUGUUGUCAGAUGCCAAGAAGAGAGACCUUUAUGACCGUGGAGGUGAAAAGGCUAUAAAGGAAGGAGGGACUGGUGGUGGCGGCGGUGGCUGUGCAUCGCCAAUGGACAUCUUUGACUUGUUUUUUGGUGGGGGCAGUCGGAUGCACAGAGAGCGAAAAGGCAAGAACAUUGUUCAUCAGAUUUCAGUGACACUGGAAGAUCUUUAUAACGGGGCUACAAGGAAACUUGCUCUCCAGAAGAAUACCAUUUGUGAGAGAUGUGAAGGUCGUGGGAGUCGGAAAGGAGCCGCACAGGUGUGCAUGACUUGCCAUGGUACGGGCAUGCAGGUUCACAUGCACCAACUGUUACCAGGUAUGGUCCAGCAAGUGUCCACAGUGUGCCACAGCUGUCAGGGCCAAGGACAGCGAAUCAGCCACAAGGACCGCUGCAAAGCAUGUGGGGGUCGAAAGAUCCUGCGGCAGAAGAAGAUUUUGGAGGUCCACAUUGACAAAGGAAUGAGAGAUGGCCAGAAGAUCGUUUUCCAUGGAGAGGGAGACCAGGAGCCAGGAAUUGAACCAGGGGAUAUCAUUAUUGUCUUGGACCAGCGAGAGCAUCCACAAUUCACCAGGAAAGGAGAGGACCUGAUCAUGUCAAUGGAGCUGCAGCUGGUUGAGGCUUUGUGUGGUUUCAAGAAGCCUGUUCAGACACUGGACAACAGAACUCUCCUCAUCACCUCAAGUCCAGGGACAUUGAUCAAACCUGGAGACACGAAGUGCGUCUUAAAUGAGGGGAUGCCCAUGCAUCGCAGACCAUUUGAGAAGGGACGCCUUAUUAUUAAUUUCUCGGUGGUGUUCCCACAAGCCAAUUUCCUGCCCAAUCCGAAGCUGAAGGAGCUGGAGCGCUACCUCCCCGAAAAGCUGGAUGCAGAACAGCCGGACAGUAUGGACGAUGACCUCUACAUCUACGCCGACCUGGAGGACUGUGACUUGGAGAACAGAAAAAGACGCAACCAUCAGUACUACUACAUGGAUGAAGACGACUGCACUGGAGGUGUUCAGUGCCAGACAUCUUAAAUAACAACUGGCCUGUUCUUAUGCCACAAGCCCGCACCCUCAUCUCUAAAGCAAGGCACCUUUUGGGAUUUUUUUUGUGCACUUUUUAUUUAAUUACUUCUCUUAAAAAUCGUAACUGUUUACUUGUUGAAGUUUUCUUUCAGGCUGAUGCAUAAACCUCAUGAUUUAUUACAAUACUUUUUGGAUGGAGUAGAGUAUCUUACAGUCACAGGACUACACUCGGAUCUGGGUGAACAGGAUUCCUUGUCAUCUCUGGGACGUUUUUUUUUUUUUUUUUCCUUUUUUUUUUUCCCCAGUCACACUGUGAUUAGAGUCGAGGGCUGAUAUUACAGGGGCUUCAGAAGAAAGAAAAACUUCUUUGUUUAAACAAAGACUGCCAGCUUGUCAUGCAGUUACACUAAAGCGGAUGCCAAUACUAAUAUGAAAAUAACCUUUUUUAUAGUGUUACUAAAUCAGUUGUUGUGAACCACUCGUUGAUGACUUGUUCAAUCUUGUGUGUGUGUGUGUGUGUGUGUGUGUGUGUGUGUGUGUGUGUGUGUGUGGUGAAGACUCAAUCUUCAGACGGUGGCGGAGAGGGAUGUGCAUGGAGACUUGAGUUCAAACUUUUGUGCUGUUUUACCCUUUCAAGGGCUAUUUUCUAGACAUUUGUAAACAAUCUUAAAAAUGUGACAAGAAGAUACAAGUUGGGUGUAAAGGUGAUGAUGAUUCAGGCUUCGCAGUAUGUAGGUUCAGGCCACUCAAUUCUGCAUUAUUCCAACUGAUAUUUAAAUUCUGUUUGUACUUUCGAGCUGCAAUCAUUCGUCUGUGGCGAUGCGGCACAUUUGUUUUUGUUUUGGAAACCUUGUGUUGAAAGCGGAAAAUGUCAUGUGUAUAUACAACACUGUUUGAUAUGAGCCAAAUAUGUCUGCAGUUAAUGGCAGGGGCAGGUAUUCAGAAACAAAAUGUCAAAGAUGAGUAAGUCACUUUAUUUUUUCAAACAAUUAACAGAUUUGGGAGGGUUUCCGAGCACUGAAGCUAAGAAGGCAUAUUUUAACGUGAUUCUAUAUUCCAUAUUUUAUGUGCUUAAAGUUGCCUGAUAACUCUGUAAACCUUCUUCUUGUAACAGGCCCAUAAUGCCUUAAUGGCAAACGUUUUCCCUCUCUUUAAACAGUGCCAAGUGGCACCCAAGUUGUACAAAGAAGAAUGGCUAAUGUCUUGGUUUGUUUAGAAGUUGAGUGUUCUUGAGAUUAUUUCGGGUGUACGAUUUUUUUAAUCAUUAGAAAAUGAAGAGUUCAGUUAUGUAAAUUUGGAAUUUCCAUGACAAAUUUUAAUCAUACUAGCAAUUUAAAGUAGUUGAUGGCUUUUUGCUCCUGUUGGCCCACAAGCUAUUAUGUGUGUCUUUUGUCAUAUUUCUAGUCCGAAUUUUAAAUGCCAAAUGGGUCGGUGGGAGGUUAUGGAGGGACUUAAAAUCGGCACAUCUGAUACCUCAUUGAAGUGUCUGCCUGUUUCAAAGCCUUAUCAUAACUUAACUUGAAGCUACAUGAUAAUGCAGGUUUUGUUUUUUUUUCUUUCAGUGGUGACUUUGCCUUGGAUAUUGUAAACACACAACUAUGCUCACCAGAAGGGAGAUUAAUUAAAUUGUUUCACAAUUGUUCUUGAAACAGAUGCAAAUUUAUACGAGUACUCAUAAUGUCAGGGGAACUCUGCUUAAUUGUCAUCAUGUUCUUAAAUUUGACUGUAUGCGUGUUAGGACCAAUGAUCUACUUGUUUAUGCUCAUGUUUUCUAAUUAAAUUCAGUUUAAUGGUCUCUCUGGA